AGGUGGGAAGGAUGAGCUGAAAUACAAGUAUGCCCUUGUGGAGCUGUUCAGUGCUGACUGUCUGCCUUUCUUCAUCAAUGUUCUACAGAGACUAAGUGAGAGCCACAUUAGGGGAUGGCAGCAAGGUGUACCACUGAGUCAACUCCAGGCUACAUUAUUUAUAGCCACUGUUAAACCAGCACUUGCUCUAACAAAAGCUAUCCUUAGCUAUCUCAUAAUGGCUAGAGGAUCAGAAUUUCAAGACCUAACUAGUUUGCCUGCCUUGUUCAAUCUCCAUACAGUAGCCUGCUCUGUGCCUUUAUCAGGCAUCUCCCCAGAUGACAUACAGUCUAUCCAGAAUGACAUCAUAGAUCUUCUGAUGGCUUUUACCCAAC